AAAUAUGAAUUAUAAGAUGUGCAAAACAAAUAAAUUCGCAACUUUGAUCAUUUAUAUCUACACUUGCACAAAUGCAUCGUAGCAAAGUCCUUGUAUUCGUAAACCUGCUUGUCAACAAAAUUCUGUUUCUGCUGCUUGUCUGAAAGCGAGAAAUGGCAAGAAAGCAGCCAUUUUGAGUCCUACAAGAUACAGUCAGUGACUGCUUCAUGCUUCGAUAGUGUGCAGCUCUGCAGGGACGUGUUGCAGAAACUUUCCCACAGAGUUUCCUCGGUGAGAUGAGGAGUCCUCAGCUGCAGCUCCGCGAGGAGACGCUUUGUUUUCCCGUGGUUCGCUCCACACUGCAGGAUUUAUCUCCCCGCACGAGCCAAUCACAGCGCCCGACGGUGCCGCGUCACGGGGGCUGCGGCCAAUCGGCACACGCGUCCAACGCAGCGUAGCGUAGCCGGGGGUCAAAGAUGGCGGCGGGCUGCGAGUCGCUGGGUGAUGUGUUUACUAGGCGGAGAGGUGCGCGGAAAAGUAGCGAGCGAUGCGAACACGUCUCCGGAGUGCGAGCUAGCGGCAGCACGUCACGUCCACGCGACAGUCAGGGUCCAGUCUGCGGCGAAACGCGUCCGCAACUCGGCUACAGAUAGAGAUUCAACCGUCCAGGGCGGCGGAGAAUGGGACUUUCUCAACUAGAAGCUCGCUGAAGCGGGGAAGAUAGCUGCCCGCUGCGGUUAGCUUAACGUUAGCUUGUUUUGGUUGCUGGAGCUAACUUGUUUCCGGAGUUUUCGGACACCCCCUCCUUGUUACAGGAGUGCUCGGAGUUGUCACUGGCGGUGCGGGUGGGGGUCCCACGUUUUCGAGCAUGGAUGGGACCCCAUCACCGGCGGGACCCAGCAUGACACCCGCGCAGAGUCAUCCCAAGUCUGCGGCGGCGAGCGGAAUCGUCGCGGUCGCCUCAGAUGCAGCAGCCGGAGUUGGGAAACCUGCGGCUGCCGGUGUUGAAACUUUGAAUGGAGGCACCGUGGUGGUAAGGUGUCACGUCCCCGUCAGCAGCACGCAGACAGCUGUCACUCGUGUAAACAACGGACCUAUCCCAGCAGCCGUGUCUGCGGCAUCCGGUGCCAUUAUACGGACUUCUUCUUCCACCGUGACCUCCCCUGUGAUCCCCUCUCAGCCCUCCGUGAAAACUGUCCCCACGGUCACGCUUGUGAGGCCGCCUAUGCAAACUCCCACUAACGCCUCGCAAAGCGCUUCAGCUGUGACAGCACCGGCCGGAUCUGUUGUCAACAAGUGGGACUCCACCAAGACAGUAGUGCAGACUUCCACUGCAGCGACGGGCUCGACCGUGAGGAGCCCGACGGUUCUGCAGAACCCCAGGACUUCAGUGCCGAUAGCCGCCGCUCCUACUCCCGGGGGGGUACGAGCCAUUGCUCCGCAGGUGUUGGCCCCUCGACUUACUCAGCCCCAGCAAAAUCCCCCAAAUGUCCAAAACAUCCAGCUCCCUCCAGGCAUGGUCCUGGUUCGCAGUGAGAGUGGGCAGCUGCUGAUGAUUCACCAGCAGACCUUGGCUCAGAUGCAGGCUCAGUCGCAGUCGCAAAGCGCCAUGACACCACGACCUGCAGCCCCCACAAGCACUCCACCUGUCCAGAUCACUUCUUUACAGGCUCCAGGCACGUCACUGCUGGCUCGUUCAGUGGCCCCCACCACUAUUAUUAAACAAGGUUCCACAGCCCAGACCACCGUGACGCCCACCACCAAACUGCAGAGACCGCCUGUACUACAGAACACCAUCAUGCUGGGAGGAACAGCCGCCACCCCGGGUCAGCCUCUAGGAACGUCCACCACUGUACAGCCUGGAUCUGCAGCUACAACUGUAACACAGAGGGUAGGGCCCCUCAGGGCCGCUGGGACCGCUGUCGCUCCAAUAGCUAUCACAGCGGAGACACUUGAGAAUGUGAAAAAGUGUAGGAACUUUUUAUCCACACUGAUCAAGCUGGCGUCAAGUGGAAAACAGUCCUCUGAGACUACAGCCAGCGUCAAGGAGCUGGUCAAACAGUUGCUGGAAGGAAAGAUAGAGCCCGAAGAUUUCACCAGUAGAUUAUACAAAGAGCUGAACUCGUCACCACAGCCGUACCUUGUGCCUUUCCUGAAGAGAAGUCUCCCUGCACUGCGUCAGUUGACCCCAGACUCAGAGGCCUUCAUUCAGCAGAGUCUGCUGCCGCAGCCCAGCACUCAGCCGGCUGCCGCAGCCUCCAAGGCCCUCACUGCUGUGGUGCUGCGACCUCCACUCUCCACUGCCACAGCUGUAGCCACCAACACCACCGCGACCAAAACCACAGUCAUCAGCCUCACUCAGACACCUCAUAGUAAAUCAACACUGCAACAGGGGACUGUAGUGAGGCCACAGGUGACAAUGGCUCAGUCUCCCAUGGUAACUCUCAGAGGGCAACCUCAUAGCCGCAUCAUCGUGGGCCAGCCGCAGGUUGUCAAACAGCUGCAGACAGUUCCAGGUGUGAGGCACAUGUUUGUUCCAGGGGCUAAAGGAGUGCAGGCCGUCAGUCAGACCCUUCUCACUACCGCUCAGAAAAACAGGCUGAUGGAAGCAGGAGGAGGAACCUUCAGGGAUGAUGAUGAUAUCAACGACGUGGCCUCCAUGGCAGGAGUCAACUUGUCGGAGGAGAGUGCCCGUAUCUUAGCAACCAACUCUGACCUUGUCGGCACGGUGACUCGAUCCUGCAAGGAUGAGGCCUUCCUCUCCACCUCUUCACUCACCCGGAGAGCUCUCGAGAUUGGUAAGAAGUUUGGUGUCAGCGAGUUGGGCUCAGAUGUGAUCAACUUCAUUUCCCAUGCUACGCAGCAGCGACUGCAGUGCCUGCUGGAGAAGGUGUCAGUAGUGGCGCAGCAGAAGAACGUAACUUUCAAGGAGGAUGAGCGGCACCUGCAGGUCAGCGAUGUGCGAACCCAGCUCAAAUUCUUCGAGCAGCUGGAUCAGGCGGAGAAGCAGAGGAAGGAAGAGCAGGAGAGAGAGAUCCUCCUGAAGGCUGCCAAGUCUCGGUCACGACAAGAGGACCCGGAGCAGCUCAGACUUAAACAAAAGGCCAAAGAGAUGCAGCAGCAGGAGCUGGCUCAGAUCCGGCAGAGGGAAGCCAACCUAACGGCACUGGCAGCGAUUGGCCCAAGGAAAAAACAAAAAAUGUACUCUCCUGUUAGAGGUGCCAGUGCAGAGGGCUCGGGGUCAGGGCCCUGCCAGCCUGCGGGCUCCAGUGGAGCGGGCUCCAGACAGUUUAUGCGACAGCGCAUAACCAGAGUCAACCUCAGGGACCUGCUCUUCUGCCUGGAGAAUGAAAGAGGGACCAGUCACUCACACCUACUCUAUAAAGGCUUCCUCAAAUAGCACCCGCAUUAAAAUGACUAGUCUAACUCAGUGGCAUUAAGAAAGCAGAGUUGACUGUCAGCUCAGACCCUCUCUGCUGGUACUUUGAUCAACCCCUGCAGAAUGUGGAGACGUGUGUCUGUGGGAAGUGAAUUAUCUGGAACGCUGAGGAGACGUCUGCUUUCAAAAGCCUCUUCAGCUCACAGCCCUUUUGUGUUUUCAGCACAGAGAUGGAGCAAAUAUUGAAACUUGGCCCUGAUUUCAGCGUGAGCCUCUCAGCUCACUUUGCUCUUCAGAGACCAGUUGCACUCAGCCCCUCUUCCUUCAUGCACUGCCUCACGCUGCACAGGAGAAAAAAAAAAGUAUUUUACCAAACCGAGCUCUUCAGAUUUAAAAGCCUUUUCAGUGUCAUUGCACUGACUUCUGGGUAGAAAUGAAUAAUGGUUCGAUUUGAGAUUAAUGUGCAACAUUCAGGUGCAGCCUAAUAUCACAAAACUGCAGUAUUUCUAAUUUUCUAGACCAUUACAACAUAAACACUCCGUUUAUUUAAGUUUUUAACAGAGGUUUUAAUUUAUCGCACAGUUAGACCUUUUUUUUGUUGCAGUUUGAAUGCCUGUGGAUUGUUUCACAGACACUUCCCAUGACCCAUCAUGUCUUCUGCUGAGUUGCCUUGUUCAAAUGAAGCCAUAUGAAUUAGCCAAAUAAUGUGUUUUUCAGCUCAUCUAUCCAUCAGCUCUCAACAGAUUUGUAGGAUGCAUGCUUUAUUUUGUUGUUCGCUUCUUUUUCUUUUUUUUUUGUCUUUGCUUGAUUGGAAACGGAAAUAAUAAUGUAUGUCAAUCAUAGUUUAAUCCCACAUGAUUACACAUGGUGUAAUCACAGGUGUUGAUAUCUGCUGGUAUUUGAAUUGCAGUGUUUUCACUGUGCGAGUUCCUGAGUGUGUAUGUUUUUUCAUUCAGAGUCCAGCACAGACUACGUUUACUUAACAUCCCUGUCGUUUUUAAUUUCCCCCUGCCGCCUGUUUCCAUUCAUUUCUUAAGUGAUGGUACACAAUUCAACUUUCUUUCUUUGAAUAUCCUGGUGCCAUUUGUGUUUAGAAGAUCCAAGAAUAAUGAACCGUGCACUUUAUGAAAAUAUUACUGAGGAUUUGGAUUGGUAUGCUUAUUCUCAAACUAAUAAUCAAAGCUAUAAAGUAAUAUUCCUGUUUUUUAAAGAACUUCAGCCUUUUUUCAAAUCAGAAUGUUAAUGUUUCUUCUGGCUAAAAUGCAUUUGGGCAAGAUAUUGACUCAAUUCAGUUCUUUUCUUUUUGUACCAUUGAAAAUAAAUUGGUUACUGUUACUUAAUUAAGUUUCAAGUGGCUGUUAGUGAUGUAAAGUAUCCACACUGUGUAGCUCAUAUGCUAUAAUGUGAAAUUAGAGAAAUGGUAUGUGGAGAAAUCCCAGUAAAAUAUUUCUGAUCACAAACCUUUUAAGUGAAUCACAUUUUUCAGUGAAGUUGAGCAUCAACAUUUUUAUAUUUGAAUGGAUGAUGGAGGUCACGUUGGGAGAAACGUGGACUGCACUUUGAUAGAUCAGUUUUCUAAAGACAUACACACUUAAUAGCUUUCUAUAUUUGUAGCGCACAUUAUUCUAAUAAUUAUAAUUUUUGGACUUUAUACCCUUUGUUGUUUAACAAGAGAAUGUUUAUGGGCAGAUUUUAUGACUGUAUAUAUUUAAGUUUGCUAUUUGUAGAUUUAUCAGUUGCCAACUUUAAAAUGAGAGAAUUUGUGGAAUUAUUCAUACAUUUGUCGAAUAAGACAAAUGUAUGAUGCUCUGUUGCCAAUAUGUACAUUUUGCACAGCCACUUGUUUAUAUGUAAAUAAAUGAAUUGCUAUUUUAUAAUGGUUUGAGAGAGAAUGAUCUCUAUUAAAAAAGAAAA